CUUCUGUGAUUGGAGAUUAGAAAUUAAAAUGGCGUUUUUAGAUAUCGUUGAAGAAUUUUUGAUGUUUUCGAUCACGUAAUAUUACAUCAAAUGACACCAGAUUUUAACCAAGCAGGUAAUGGCAGAAGACUUGGACAGUGGUAAAAUUGAUAGUCAGGAAGAUGUGAAAAAUGAAGUAUGUCAGAAUGAAGAUGACAGAACUACGGAAGAAGUCCCCCAAGAAAGACGGCAAAGCCUGGACACUCCGGGCCUCAUUAUGGUCUCGAGACUGGAAGAACCCAGUAAUGACAGUGCCAUGGCCAGACUCCUUCUGGCCAGCUCAAUGGCUCAACGAGACAUGGCAGUGAACGACCGCGAAACACCAUCAAGUGCCCUAAACCUGUCUGUUCCGGAUCAGGGCGGUAAGCACCAGUAUGUUCCACACCAGAACUCAACAUUGAACAUGGAUGGCAGAAGUGUCGGAUCAUCCAAUCAUAGUCAAUCUCCUCCCGUGUCGGAUGUACAGCGAAACUGUCCGUCUGGUAGUCGCGUGAAUCCGCAGUUAGACAGCAUGCAGGCCGAUGUGGUGGAUUAUGGGAAGGAUGCGACAUACAUGUUACCAGAUUCAUCACCCGAGUCGUCUCCUAUGGAGCCAAUGAUGACGAAUUUUUAUAAAUGCAGACUGUGUAACUUUUGCACUUCGACUUACACUCAGCUGCAACUACACAUGCCAAAGCAUGGAAGUGUAAAAGCACUGAAAUGCCACCUGUGUGACUAUACUACAAAUGAUAAGAGUAACUUUCGUCGACAUCGUAGGCUUCACAUUGGAAAUAACCCAGUCAACGUUCUAAAGUGUGGGAAGUGCUCAUUUUCCACCAUCCUGCCUCGUAAAUUCAGAGAACACUUCGUACAAGUUCACAAUGAACAUCUCGGUCCAAACUUGCCCUACUCUUUACCAACACACAACACGUACCCACCCACGAAUUAUCCCGAUACUCCAUUUGGAAUCAACCAGCCAGACUUGGGAGCUCAAAGUCUUCGUCACACAUCAGGGGGUGGAAAUUUUUCGGCAUCCAAUGCCCUCCAUUCUUUGCUGACAGGAAUCCAUCAUCAAGUUCCUACGGUGAACUAUCAACACCAGCCCUAUACUGCGCAGACACAAGGAGUACAGGCUCAGUUCGGAGGUUACAUGACACCAAUGAGACAACAGGCCAACGAGGAGAAUCACAUGGCUUCUAACUACUUGCGCUCAAUAGUUUCAUCAAUCAUGAAUACUCACCCGCCUCAUCGGGUACCGCCUAGCAGCACCAUCACGUCCUCUGGGUAUUACGUCAGCCCGUCGGGACGAGAUCAUACUCAUGUGAGUGUCUCGCAACCUACAGUCAUGUCAGAUGGCAGAGGGCAUCAAGUCAAGGUGAAGACGGAACCACCCGAGCGUGAAGACACCCCCGAUGUUUCCAGUUCAGUGAUCCCACAUCGUCAGCAGCGUUUUCCCGACAGUCUGGGAAAUGUGCCUCCAUUUCAAGAGCAGCAUCAGAAGGCCCUCAUGGGAUUAGACAGCAAUGAGGCAUCUACAUCUAUGAGGGCAAAUUCUGCUGAGUCAUCGUGUUCAUCUCGGGCCGGAGGACGAUCCAACAGCGUUAACACUACCGUUAAAAUUGAAAUUCAAAACCGGGGAACUCAGUGCAAUCUUCCACACAUCAAAGCAGAAUCGUGCUACGACUCGCUCGUUUCCGUUACAGACCAAGGCGUGCAGUGUGAACUUCUUGUCAACAGAGGGCACUUAUCUCAGCAUGAUAUGUCAUCAGCCAAUGAAACGGGGUCAAGUCUGCAGCCAAGCAACCGCUGUCACCAUUGUGGUAUAUCCUUUGAUGACGAAGUGUUGUAUUACAUCCAUGUUGGCUGUCACAGCCACACAGAUCCUUUUGUUUGUAAUGUGUGUGGCAAACAGUGUGGCAACAAAUAUGGAUUCUAUUCCCACAUCAUGAGAGGCCAUCAAUGCUAAACCUGCAUUGUCAUUUCUUUCUCCCCCUGCAAAUGUUCAGAUUUUAGAGUCGUUAUAUUGCAUUUAAUUAUCAAAAUGCAUUUAAUAGUGAUAUGUAUGGGAAGCAAAGUCCUUAUUUUUCUUAACAUUUCGUAUUUCAUUUGUUAGUCAUGAACAUUUAUUUUUGUUGGCUUCUUUUUUAAGUUACUUCUUACUCAAGUUUUUGAUCUCAGUGCACAAAUUUUUGCAAGAGUAGUUUCCCUUUGUAAUGCAAUGUAAAGAUCUCCAGAUAUAUUUUUUCUUCAUAUCAUCAGCACACUAAACAUGUCAUCUUCAGAUGCUUGUGCAUAUUGUGUAAAAAAAAAAAACCAACCUGAAAUAUCUAUGAAUGAACAUUUAUGAUUUUGUUGUUUCGAGUAUCGCUGUUCAUUUUCUACAUUUUACCCACUCAUUGUGCUCAUAUUGGGCUAGAAUUUAAAUAUAAUAGACAUCACCUUUUCAGUAAAAUUUCAACAUUAUGAUAUAAAUAUCGCAAGAUUUUGGUAUUUGACAGAAAUUUAGAUUGUCAGAUACAUUCAUGAGACCAUACAUGUAUCAUUCAAUUCGUCAGAUGCAUUCAUGAGACCAUACAUGCAUUGAUUCGUCAGAUGCAUUCAUGAGACCAUACAUGUAACAAUUCGUCAGAUACAUUCAUGAUACCAUACGUGUAACAACUCGACGUUCGGCUCUGUUUUACUCAGUUCUCCUUAUUCUACAAAUGCAAGUGCGGAUUUCGGAAUGUAAACAUUUGUUCCUGUAUUGAGAUUUUGGAAUUGCUUAUUAAAACUCAAUGUGCGGAAUUUAUGAAAUAAAUGUUUAAGAUAUAUGCAAAGAAAGGUUUGGGUAAAUAGAUUACUUUUUGGAUAUGCAACAUACAUGUUAGAAGAAAACUCACCAGUAUUCAGAAUAUCAUAUUCUACAUUUCAUGUUAUUACAUUGUGCAAGUAGUACAUUUUUUUUAUAACAUACAUGUAUUUUUGUCUAUUUGUUUAGUGUAUAAGAACUCCAAGAGCUUUAAGUAUUUAAAUUUUUCACAUCCAUGCCAUUUAUAUAGGCAAAAUGAAUACCAAAUUCAUGUUGUUAACUUAAAGCUUGAGAUUGAUCAAUCAGAAUUGUUUUUGUUUGCCAAAUUUAUCUAGGAAAAAUUCUGUAAAACAAGGAUGUAUUUGCUUUUAGGAAUCAGUAACUUCUAGUUGUUUUCUGCAACAUAUAUUAUAUUUCUGUAUCAUUAGUAGGUAAAAUCAACACAUUCUAAUAUUAUAGAAACCAUUUCUGUGAACAGAUCUCCCUUGUGUGUGGGUUUAGGGGUGAUGGGUUGGGAAAGGUCAAGUAAGUCUGGAUUCCCCUACCCCCUCCCGGACUUUCCAAGUGACAUGUGUAUGUUGAAAACAGUAAAAAUCAUCCCCUGCCAAGACAUCCAGAUUAGUGUACAUUUUGUAAAAUCCAAUACGGAUGUACAUCAGCCCUUAUUUUGGAAAAGACUUGAAUCCUCCUCUCUGUUCAGUUACUUACUAAUAGGUAUGAUAUAUAUAUACAUUCAGUGUGUAUGUGAUUUACCUCAUAGUAAGCUAUGAAUAGUUCCAAGACGAGGAUUGUUGUCUUUAUUGGAAAUCGAGUAGGCAAUACAUGCCAUGUAUCAUUCUUCCCAGAAUUCAUUGUGUGUGUAUUUAGCCUCGGACUAGAAUGUACUCUUUCAUUGGAUGAAACAUGUCACAUGUUUCCCGGUCAUAUUUCUAUAGACAUUCAAAAUAUAGACAACAAUUUGAAUGACGCUGCUGAAAUUUAUGACAUUUUUUAAGAAUGCAAACAUUUUCUGUAGUAGUAAAGUCAUCAACAAAAGAGAACAAUUAAGUUCAUUACUGACUGUCUACAAAAACAUAUCAGGUUGAUCCAAGUUUAUAGAUGGCUCAGCUUGUGUCUUGGUGUAUGUUGACUUGAUAAGUCUGAUAAAUGUAGACAGUUUGUAACAAACCUAAUAACUGAUUAUGCCUUACCUCCUGCAAAUUUGUAAUAUUAUCAGUGGUUUACAUCGAUCACAUGAAGACAACACCGAGUCAGUGGUAGCCAUUAGGCUUUAUACACAGUGAAUAGACAAGUUACUUCCCUUGCUAUGCUUUGGUUUCAAAGUUACAGACUGCUCUACUGUUACUACACAGCUAAAAACUCCAGCCAAAGAGAUAAAUUUCCUACUGUUAAAACUGAACACCGUUUCUCAUGUCUCUUGUUUGUGAUGUCAUAGUUAUUUCAGGUCACAGCGUCUCCUACAUGAUUGCUCAAAAUCAUGCAAGUUUCAUUUCUCAUGCAUUUUUGUUGAUUUUAAAAUUGGCAGUUGAUAAGUCAUAUUCCUUACGAACCAUGCAACAGAUAAUACACAUAGUCAUAACCCAUCAUGCAGCUCAUUUUUACACAAAAAUACCAAGGUAUCUAAAAUCCACAUAUUUUUUUCAUAUAUAGGAGAUAAAAUGUAAAGUUUAUCUAACCCGGUUAAAGCAAUAUGCACACAUCAUUCAACUUUUUAGAAUAUUUUUAAAUACAUGGCAGCUGUAAAUUUCAUCGUUUUUAUUUUAUUUCAUUCAACAGAAGACUUGCCUGUAAAUGACAGUUGUAAAAUAGCAUCAUGUAUUCCUAAUAAACAGAAAUGAAUGCGUCUAUCCAGAAAGGCCGGAAAAUACACGGUAGAAAGGGGGGGGGGGGGUGAAUUAAUUCAAUGAUUCAUGGAUAGUUUGUAUGUCCUGAUUGAAAGUAAGGGUUGAAUAUAGAAAAACAUCUGGAAUUUGUUUUUUUCAUAAUUUUUGUUGUUGAUCAGUUUAAGGAACAAGCAAUUUUCGUGAACAUAUUAAAUUUGUACAAAACUACUCUGAUGUGAACAAUGCUUGUGAUGUAUAUUUGCUUUAUAUAGCUUUUACCAAUAUCAUGUAUAUAGGCAGUGUUGGUGCAAUCCGAAAGUAGAGAAAUGAGUUAUCAUUGAGUUAGUUCUUCACUGCAUUGUAUGUUGAAAGGGUAAUGAAGCUGUUAUUUUGUCCUGAAUGAUUUAAGUGCGAUUAUGUUCCUAAAUAUGUGGACUGCAGGCAUCUUGCAUUUCUUUUAGAAUUGGUGGCAAAACUGCAGGAAUUGCAUGCGUUUUAAUUACAUGUGUUUUGAUUGCGUGGUUGGAUUACAUGUGUUUUAAUUACAUGUGUUUUGAUUACGUGGUUGGAUUACAUGUAUUUUAAUUACAUGUGUUUUGAUUAUGUGGUUGGAUUACAUGUGUUUUAAUUACAUGUGUUUUGAUUAUGUGGUUGGAUUACAUGUGUUUUAAUUAUAUGUGUUUUGAUUACGUGGUUGGAUUACAUGCAUUUUAAUUACAUGUGUUUUGAUUAUGUGGUUGGAUUACAUGCAUUUUAAUUACAUGUGUUUUGAUUACGUGGUUGGAUUACAUGUGUUUUAAUUACAUGUGUUUUGAUUACGUGGUUGGAUUACAUGUAUUUUAAUUACAUGUGUUUUGAUUAUGUGGUUGGAUUACAUGUGUUUUAAUUACAUGUGUUUUGAUUACGUGGUUGGAUUACAUGUGUUUUAAUUACAUGUGUUUUGAUUAUGUGGUUGGAUUACAUGUGUUUUAAUUACAUGUAGCUGAUUCCUUUAAUUUUCUGAUUUAAUCAUAACAUAGGAAUGAAUAGGUCAUAAUCUAAUUGGACAGGUUAAUAUAUAUAUUGUCACAUAUUUAUAAAUUUAUCAAAGACAUUUGGGGUAAUCUUUGUAUGUACUUACAUUUCUAUUUUCUGACCAAUAACUGAAGUAAACAGUUUCUUAUACAUUUUUUUUUUACGAGAUGUAUCUUUUAGUAAAUGAUUAUAGGUUGUUUUUUUCUCUCUCUCUUUUUUGCGAUACUGUUAGUUUAUUUAGUGAUGUAAAAUAUAGCUGUAUAAAUGUGUUCGUGUGCAAUACCCUAGUAUGUAUCAUAUUGACUUCUAGGACAGUCAUAUAUAUUGUAUUGACUCGAUAACUGGUAUAAUCAGAAAUCAGGUGAUUUAUUGUUGAAAAAAGCAUUCUGCAGAAAUCGAGUGGCCAUAUUAUUAUUGGAUAUAUUGUGGAAUCAUUGUAAUUCGUGGGGGGGCCAAUGUUUGUGGGUAAGGAAAAUUUUGCUGGUUCAUGGAUACGUAAUUUUGUGGGGAAGGGAUAUGGUGUCACCAGGAGAAAUAACUCUACUUGGUUUAAAUGUUUUGAGGACACGUGCAUAUGUUGGUAAGAAUGACCCACGGACAUCAAUCCCCCACAAACAAUGAGGAUUUCACAGUAUUUAGAAACAAGCAGAAUGUUUAUAUAUACAGUCACACACAUAGACACACAGACAGGCAGACACACACACAGGCACACACACACACAUAGACACACACACAGACAGGCAGACACACACACAUAGACACACACACAGGCACACACACAGACAGGCAGACACACAGAUAGAUGCACACACAGACAGACACACAGGCACACACACACACAAGCAGACACACAUAAACACACACACAGGCAGACACACACAGAGGCAGGAUUCAUUCUUGUGUUACCCUGCGAUCAGGGAAAUAAUGUUAAGUUUAUCUCUCAUGUAACCUGCUUUCAUAUAGUUUUAAAUUUCUGCUUUAUUCAACUUAAUGUCAUUAAUGACAGUCUAUGUGAUUAAUAGUUGCCCAUUGUGGGCAUAUAAAUUGUUUUUGAUGAGCCUGAAAGAAACAUGCACAAAAAAUGGGUGUGAAUAAAACGUUUGAUAUGGAUUAAAUUAACAUUUUUUCAAAAUCCUAUGAAAUUAUUGAUAAAGUUAUCAAUAUUUAAUAUUUACAUUUUUAUUGUUUUUGCCUUCAAUUUCUUUACAAAUUGUAAUGAAAGCCAUUUCUUCAUGAACAAAUUACAAUUAAAAACAGUGCAUGUAUGAAUCUUGAUACGUUAUGAAUCUUGAUACAUAUAGUACAUAACUAUUUUAACGGCUUGGAAUUCUGACAGAAAUGAAAGUAGAAUGUAAAUAUAAGAAAUGUUUCCCUUUUGAUAUUACACGGCAUGAACUGCAGCACUUCACAGCAGCAUACUUUUCAUGAAGUUUGCUGGCAUGAAGCAUCACAGUUUAUUUACAUAUUUUCAAAAUUGAAGUUUAUUUCUUAAAUCAGAUAUUGUUUGAAAUAGACAAAGUCUCCUGUUGAGUGCUGACAGUUUUAUUCACACCAGGGUUUUUUUUUUUUGUGGCAGUGUAUUUGACUACAUCUUCAUUUAAGAUCGGUUUCUUGGUAGCCAAUCAGAACUGUACAGAAUCUCAGGGCUCUUUUACACAUAGAAAAUAUAACUUUCAGUCAAACAAUCUUGAUUUCAGUUUAUCAGGGUAAUGAAAUUGAUGUAGUGAAUGUCAUCUGAGCUUUCUGCAAUUCCAUGACAGCUUUAAAGUCUGAGUUUAUUAUUUUUCUAUGACUUGCAAACAAAACAAACUACAAUCAAACAUCGUUAUCUCGAAUUCAAUGGUGCAGAGAAUUUUUUUUUAAAGAUAUGAUUGUGAGGGUUCAAGAUAUUUAGGUUAAAAUACAUAUAGAAAAUAUGAUUUUGAACUUCCAACUCACUUUGACACAUCCAUAGUAUUCGAGAUAUCGAUGUUCGAGAUACUGAAGAUCAAUUAACUGUAUACCUACAAUGUCACGUUGCUGGUUUGAUUUUUAAGAAAGGCUUUGUAAUGACCUACAAAAAUUUUGAUUUUGUGUAUCGCAGGAAUAUUCAGGUGCUUUAAUGAUUUAAAGUUGAGUUUUUCUCAAUUUGUACUGUUGUUGAUAAUAUCAUAUGUUUACUCUCCAUUUGAAAGCUUUCCAACAGAUUUCAUUUUGUUUUAUAUCAAAUCAGCAUAAAAUGCUAGUCGAUUUUUUGUAUAUAAUAUAUCCCCAUCAGUUAAUCAAGCAUUUCAUCUCUUUUUUUAGUCCUGGUGCUUUAUUUUCAUGUACAUGCUUGACUAGAAUCCAAUAUUGCAGCUUUUUAAGUGGUGGUUCCAGUAUAGACUAGGACCCAAGAAAAUUUGCUCAUAGCUGUGUAUUUUUGUAUACACAUGUGUUUGUUUUUCUCUGUUUUAUCCACAGUUUAUUUUUGUUAUGAUAUUCAUUUGUUCUAGUGAAGUUUUUGGUCAGUACAUAGUAAGUAUGAAGUUUGUUAAAACUUUUGCGAUCAGACUUCUGUCCAUAUUACUGAGAUCACUGGUCAUUAGAAUAUUCAGAUGUUGAAUUAAUGAAUAUGUAUUAAAGUAACAAAGAGGUACUUAACUUGUGACUUGUUUAGACCCCAUUUGUAUGAUUUGUAUUUGUACUUUGAAUUUGUUAUUAGCAAUUUAAAUUGAAAAAAAAAUAUAUAAGAUUUUGCAUUUUCAACUUUGUAUUUUCACCUUCAGAUUAUUUUUUUUUUAAAAUCUACAUCACUUUUUCAGCUAAGACAUAGCUUUACUAUAUGCAUGUUUCAGAAUUUAGUAAUAUAUGUGAAGUUCACAGAUGUAUGUUUUUAUUGAGGUUUUUUUUUAAAAAUUAGAUAUGAACCAAAGUUUUACAAGUUCUUUAAGCUAAGACGAGCUCUACAUAAUAUUACGUAGACUAAUGAACCAUGUCAAAGGUGUUUCCAGGAGUAACUCCGAAAAUUAUUUAAUUUUUCCUCUGGUAUUACCAAUGUGUAAAAGAUUUAUUUAUAAAGAUAUCCGAGUUACCUAACUUUUUAUGAUGACCUUGCUUUUAACGGCAUUUGUUAAAAACAAUUUUUUAAAAAUGAUGAAAACCGUGUGUUUAGAAGUAAAAUGAAUAGAAUUUACCGUAUGGAAUGUAAUUUAUUCCCACAAUUUCUCAAUUAAGUCCAAAACAGUGAGGAAAAUUUAUAUAGUUAUAUAGGGAGGAAUAGUAUAUUUGAACAUCAUAGAAAAUUUACAAAUCUCUUAUUUUUUAGGAAUCUUAUAUUUGUACUUAUUACAACCAACCAAACUAAAAUAUAUUAUAUUAACCCAUGCAUGAACUGACUGACAUGGAGGUCUUGAUUUUCAAAUAAUCCAUAAAUAUAAUCAUGAGGUGAAUAAAAGACAACAGAAUUUCCAUAUUUUGUUCGUUUUUAGGUUGACAUUAGAUUUCUCGGCCCUACAAUUAACUACGUUUUGUAUCGUAACUCUGUUUUAGCUGAUACUUCAGAUUGGUUGAUUUUCUUCUAGCCUUCCAUUGUGAUUUGUAGGACAACUGGGUUUUUUUUAUUGGUGAUUUAUGUUUUUAUUAUGGAUGGCACAUGCAGUGAAAAGUUUUGAUUUAUUCAAAGAGAAGUCAUUGGGUUUUUAAAUGUAUUUCAUGUAAAUUUCAAUCAACAGGUGGUAAGUUCAAUUCUUAUUGAGUAAAUUCUCAAUCAGUGUUAAUGAAAUAUAAAAUGGAUAAGGAAACGUGAUUGACAUGGAGGUUCCCAGAAACACACUUGACAUGGUUUCCAGUGCCUAUUUUGUACUUUGCUGUUGUAUGUUAGUUUUAGAAUUUUUAUUGCUAUGUAUUGGUUAUUACGGCAGCAUGUUGUAAUCUUUGUUAUAUCACUGCUGAAAAAUAAAUUUGAAUGAUCA